AUGGUGACCAGAUGCCAAGUUAUCAUCGUCGGCGCUGGUCCAGCGGGCCUUUGCCUUGCGCUGGCACUGGCCAAGUUCAACGUGCAGACUGUUAUACUGGAAAAGGAAACUGAAGUCACCUUAGACCCGAGAGGAGUCUACCUCACAGGCGAUGCAGUCCGGAUUCUCUAUGACCUCGGCAUUGGCGAUGAGUUGGAAUACGUCGGCCAUGCAGCGGAAUCCGUACAGAUUCAUCGCAGCUCAUUCAACGCGCCAUCCUUCCUCACGCUGAAGGCUGGUGCCACCAAUGCACUCCAACAAGCGGUGCCCGAAGGCCUGCUGCAGAUGCAGCCUCGUCUGGAGAAGGCACUGCGCAGCAGGAUCGAGGCCUCGUCGUGCUGUAAGCUGCUGACCGGCUCUACCGUCAUGGAGCGGGUGAGCGAAGAGCCGCCGCGCAUCCAGUUUCAAGAUUCGUCCGGCGCAACCCAUGAGGUGGAAGGUCAGUGGCUGGUUGGUGCGGACGGCAAGGCCGGUGUGGUGAGGAAGAAGUUUCUGGAGCCGAACGGCAUCAAGCAGGAAGCCGGACGUCAUUUUUAUGACGGAACCAGCAUCGCGGCCAACCUUCAAAUCUCCCUGCCAACACCAGAGUCUCAUCCCGAAUUUGCACUCUGGUCCCUGGGGUACACGCCGGAGCAAGUGUACGACUUGUUCUGGCCCAAAGGGUGGCACUUCUGCUGUCCGCCCGGGCUGCCGACCGCGGGGGGACGCUUCGGCCCGCACAGCGAGCGACUCUGGCGGCACGAGUUCCGAUGCGACGCCGAGAUGAGCGAUGGAGAGACGGAGACGACUUUCUGGCAGCACAUCCUGCCGAUGGUGACCAUACAGGAGGAUCGGGAUCGCGGCACACAAUUUGGCAAGGCCGUUCAAUAUCCUCGCGACUGCAUCAGCAUCCUGCGCUGCCGACCGUAUCACUGCACUCACAGGGUCGUGAACCGCUGGUUCGACAAGCGCACCAUCCUCAUCGGCGACGCGGCCCACGUCUUCCCCCCCUUCGCGGGCCAGGGAAUCGCCAGCGGCUUCCGCGACGCCCACCAGCUGGCCUGGCGCCUGUCCGUCCUGGUCGGCCGGUUCUCGCCGGACAAGCCCGCGCCUUCGUGGGCGGAGGCGCUGCUGGAGUCGUGGGCGCGUGAGCGGCGCCACAGCGUGGACAUGACGGCAUAUCUGUCCAUCAGCCUCGGCCAAAUGUCCUCCGCUCCGCCGAAUCUGGUGGCGCGGCUCGGCUACAGGACCAAGGCGCGGAUGGACCGCUCCGCGCGGCUCUCCAACGCCAUCGAUCCGCUGGUUCGCGUGGAGCGCCUGGGCAUGACGGAUGUCCGGGGAGGAUUUUUCGCCAGCAAGUACCGUGGCGGCAUGCGCCUGGCGCAGAUCUACGUGACGCAGGCCAGCACCUGCGAGGUCCUGCUGUCGGACUGCAUUCUCAGGGGCUCGACUGCCAUGACGCUGCUUGUCAUUGGCGAUGGGCGAGGGUGCGGGACCAAGAUUUCACAGGCAAAACGGGCCGUGGAACAGGCGUCUCUGCCCCCAAGCGUACUCGGCACAGCUUCGAUCGUGGUGUACAGCCCCAGGCAAGAUGAGUCGGGUGAGCAGGUCAAGGGCGCCUCGACCGAGCCAUUUGAGCUGUAUACACCACGGCAAUUCGACGUGAUGGCGCCCGAGUACAGGCGUUGCGGAGGGUACGAUACCAAGGCAUACGUAAAACGCGUGGGAGAAAAGUCUAGCUUUGUCAUCGUGAGGGCGGACUUUUUUGUAUAUGCAUCGGCAAAAAACGAAAAGGAGCUGGCCAAGUGCCUGGCUUUGCUCGCUAGCCAAGUGGGAAAGGACGCGACAAAAUAG